AUGAUGAUGAGGGGAAACAUAAUACACCCUGAUAAGAGGAAAGGUCUUGUUUAUGUUCACCAGUCCAGCGAUUCGUUGAUCCAUUUCUGCUGGAAAGAUCGCCAAUCUGGAAAUGUUGAAGAUGAUUGGAUCAUUUUCCCUUAUGAAUGUGAGUUUGUUCGAGUACCUCAGUGUACCACUGGACGGGUUUUUUUCUCGAAAUUUAAGUUUUUCAACAUGAAACUCAUCUUUGGGAUGCAGGAGCCUAAUACUGACCAGGAUGAAACCUACAGUCAGAAGGUUAACGAAUACCUGAAUAACCCACCCACUCCAGGAUCCCAACAAGAUUUGCAGAGCUUGCUCAGUUCAAUGUCCCGACAGCAACUGAUAAAGUUGUUUGGAAAUGUGGGUGAGGUGUCAUGCCUGUCAUCUCUUCUAAUUCCGUCUGAUGGCAACAUGCUUAGUGGUUCAAGCCGUUCGAGCGAUGCUACAUUUGACUCAGCUUCUCAGGCUCGUUCGGCUGCAGCUAUCUCUGCUGCUACUACGUCCAGUUUCGCAAACGUUGUAGCUAGCAAGGGCGUUACCGCUUCCAUGGUUCAUGAUACGGUUCAGUCACCCCAACUUGGCCAGUCUGUGGGUCUGUCGGUGCCAGCGACUCCAUCAUCCACUGGAGUGCCUUCUCUAGGCAAUUUGACGAAUGAUCAGCAAAUCCUUUCAGGAAUUCAAGUAUUAGAUUCGCCUCUGGAAAGACCCGAAAAACCGUCCGAUUUGUCAUAUGGCUUGAGCCUGAAUGCCAUUCAUGCUAUUCUAAAAAAACCCGACUUAGUGCGCCAACUACGUGAUUGUUUGUUUCCUUCGGACCAGGCUAGCAAGGGCGUUACCGCUUCCAUGGUUCAAGAUACAGUUCAGUCACCCCAACUUGGCCAGGUUUACGAAGAUGAUUGCAUUUUCCAAAGAGAAGUUACCUUUGUACCCGGCCUUUAUCAAAUCUUUGAUGAACUUCUCGUCAAUGCAGCUGAUAACAAAAUCAAAGACAUCAGCAUGGAUACCAUUCGAGUAGACAUUGAUCUGAAAUCGAACAUCAUUAAGAUAUUUUACAAUGGAGAAGGAAUUCCCGUUGUAUAA